UCCAGCUCAGAGUAAACUCAUUGGAUUCGCACCAUGCUGAAGUUCGUGAUCUUGUUGUCUGCAGUAGCCUGCGCCCUGGGAGCCACCAUCCCCGAGGGUCUCCUGCCCCAGUUGGAUGGCCGCAUUGUCGGCGGUACUGCUACCACCAUCAGCAGCUUCCCCUGGCAGAUCUCCCUGCAGCGCAGUGGAAGCCACUCCUGCGGUGGAUCCAUCUACACCGACAGGGUGAUCGUGACCGCCGCUCACUGUCUGCAGUCCGUGUCCGCCUCCUCCCUCCAGAUCCGCGCUGGAUCCAGCUACUGGAGCUCUGGUGGCGUCACCGUCAAGGUUUCCUCUUUCAAGAACCACGAGGGAUACAGCGCCAGAACCAUGGUCAACGACAUCGCUGUGAUCCGUCUGAGCUCCUCCCUGAGCUUCAGCUCCACCAUCAAGUCCAUCUCUCUGGCUAGCUCCAACCCCCCCAACGGCGCUGCUGCUUCCGUCUCCGGAUGGGGCACUCAGUCGUCCGGAUCCAACUCCAUCCCCUCCCAGCUGCAGUACGUGAACGUGAACAUCGUCAGCCAGAGCAGGUGUGCUUCCUCCACCUACGGAUACGGUAGCGACAUCCGCGACACCAUGAUCUGUGCUGCUGCCAGCGGCAAGGAUGCCUGCCAGGGUGACUCCGGUGGCCCACUGGUCUCCGGCGGAGUUCUUGUCGGUGUUGUCUCCUGGGGACAAGGAUGCGCUUACUCCAACUACCCCGGUGUCUACGCCAGCGUGGCUGACCUCCGCGCCUGGGUGGUCAGGAACGCCUAAGCAUUUUGCGAAAUAAAUUUGAAUUUAAAGAUUA